UUGCAAGAAAUAAUGAGGGAUUAUCUUCAAUUCUCAAAGAUACUUUAUCUAAACGACAAGAAAUUCUAUUCAUGGCCAUUGAGAAUGAAGGAUCAACAGAAAGGAUAAAUAGAACGUACUGCUAUGUAUUGCAUCUUUAUAGUCGUCUUAUUAAUGGCCAAAAGGUACUGGUAACUUUUAUAGACAUUCAGGUUUUCUUUGACAUUCUCGUACUAGAUGGAGAGACUCCAGAUAAAUGCGAAGAAAAAGUAGCUCGAAAAAAUGGAAUCCAACUCUCUGGAUGGUCUACAAUAAACAAAUAUAUACGUAAGAAAGCUCUCUUACGAGAUCGCACUCUUAUCCUUACAUGGAAUAUAGAAACAUAUGCCUCACAAAUAGGAGAAUUUGCAGAAGUUCUUGAACAAAAAAACAAG